UAAACGAACUUUUGGACAAGUUUAGACCUGUGAUUUGACCAAUGAGAUGUCAGAUCAACAAUACAAAACGUAUACGUCAUGUUAAUCAUAUGAGGUCAUAGAGUUUUCUUGGAAUCCCCGCGUACGUUGACGAUCAUUGUUACGUACGGCGGGGGUGAGCUUUUACACUAUAGUUUUUCAUCAUUUUAUCAACAAACUUUUUAUAGUAUUAUCACAAAAAGUCAAGAGUUUUAAAGGGCUGGUGGCAUUCUGUUUUAAGUUGUCAAAGUGUUUUUCCUAAUCCCUUUUUUUUUUGUCUCUAUGCUUCCUACUUUUUUAUCUGUCAAUAACUCUCAUCUUAUCAUCGGCCUCACUUAACCCCUUUCACACCAUCACUGUGGCCCCACCCCUUUAAUGUCGUGUAAGCACAGGCCUGGGAGUCAAGGUGGGGAGGGGGGAGGGGGAUUGGAGGGGGGUGGGGGGUUGGAUGAGCAUUUGGCCCAUUUGGCAAAGCUUUGUAGGCUUUGCGGCCAAAUGCUCACCAAACACCCUGCAUCAUUUGACAUAGCUGAUUAUCUUGUUUUAAUAAGUAAGUUUGUUUCAGUAGAGAAUGAUGAGCCCCACAUCCAUCCUAAGGGAUUUUGCAAGGGGUGCUACACUGGGAUGAAAUCGCCCAGAAACAAAAAAUGGGUGCCAACAGCUAUCUGGGCACCACACAGACGAAGUCAAACCUGUGUGGUGUGUUCCCAUUCUAAAAAAAUGUCAGUUGGAGGGCGCCCUUCUAAGAAAAAAAGCACAGGUCGUCCCAGGAUAGACCGGUCACUUCAUGCCACCCUGGACUCCUUGAAAGCUAAUUCAAGGGUGCCCGACAUUGCAAUUGAUGAUGAAGUUUUGUUUAAAGAGAGGUUUGGGGUAGCCAAUGACAGUCAAUUUUGUUGUAGAGUAUGUGAAUGUGUCUUUGUUUGUCCUGUUUCAACACCUUGUCAACAUUUGUUUUGUAUGUCUUGUGUACAAAACUUGUUUGGGUCCGAUUCUCGUGUAAAUAUUUCAUGCCCCACCUGCCAUUCACACGUACAUUUCCAGUCACUAACUCCAGCACCCACAUACUUCCAUAACAUUCUUAAAAAAUCAGACAUAUCAUGCAAGCAAUGCAACACAAACCUCACUUAUGACAUAGCCACACAUCACAGCCAUCCUUCACACCAUCCAACAAUCACACAUACUGAUCACAAACAAACCACUGACAACCUCAUAAGCCAACUCACCCCUCAGCAGAAGGAGGAAAUUGGUACCGUACUACUCCGAGAAAAAUUACGUACUUCUAAUGAUGGUGCUACUGCUGUAUUUAGAACAAAAGGACAACCCCUGGUUACGAAACUGAUAACUAAGCCGAGAAUAAGCUCUGCAGACAGCACUCCAUCAACAAGGCGGAGAAGGAGCAUGCAACUUGCUGCCAUCCGGGAUGAGAUCUCCCACUCACCAAACGUCCAGUUUAGGCACGAAGUCUCCAGGGCUCACAAGGCAGGGGCUCUGGAUGACCCAUCCUCCAGCGUCAAAAUCAACGACAUAGACAUGGUCAAUAUGAGGUCCAUGCUUCGGCUAAGCUGGAAGAUGACAAGAAAACUAAAAUCAUGGCUUAAGGAACACAACAUUGCUUCCGAUUGUGAAAAGAAGGUGCGGGCCCAAGAGGCGAAAUUGAUCGGGGACAACCUGGAGGGGGAAUGGGUUCCCCUCCAAUUCCAUAACGAGGAGAGGAAGGAGACGGAGAUUAUCAAGACUCCACUCGUCAAAGUUUCCUCAUUGGAGAGGAAGGUCAUGUCCCUCCUGGACGAAUACGAGAAGCUGAACCUUCUAUCCUUUGACGACACAGGAGGGGAGGUAUGGUUAAAGGUUGGCGGUGACAAGGGAGGUUCCUCCUUCAAAAUGAUGAUCCAAAUCGCCAAUGUGUCCAAGCCCAACAGUGUCCAGAACACAAUAAUCGUCGUGAUGUUUAAUGCUGUAGAUAAUAUUUUUAAUCUACAGCUGGCACUGCAGGGGUUUUCAGCCGAGAUAGAACAUCUCACAACUACAACAUGGAGAGGCAGACCACUGCGAGCAUUCCACUUUGGGGACUAUGAGUACCUCUCCAAAAUCUAUGGCUUAACAGGUCCAAAUGGUCGUCACUGCUGCCUCUACUGUCUUGUCAGCAAGCAGGACAUGAUGAAGCCAGCAACUGAAAGAGGGGAGAGACAGAGUAGGACUCUAGCAACUCUUGAGGAACACCUACACCAGUUCCAGCACUCUGGCUCCAAAAGUGCAAAGGACCACUUCAACGUAGUGCGGUAG